GCGGCCGCUUCCCGCCCCCAAGCGGAGCCGGUGCGGAGGGAGCCGGUACGGAGCGAAGCCUAGGCGGCUGGGCGGCCGCCGCGCUCCCGCCAUGGCCCGGAACACACUGUCCUCACGCUUCCGCCGAGUGGAUAUCGACGAAUUUGACGAGAACAAAUUCGUAGACGAGCACGAAGAGGCGGCGGCGGCGUCGGGCGAGCCAGGCCCCGACCCCUGCGAGGGUGACUGUGCAUCGGCCUUGGUAUCCCUUUAUCCCUCCUUGUAGUAAGCGGGGUCAUUCCCGGGUGCUGGUCCUCAAGAGGGACCGAGGUGAGCCACCUUUGAUUCAUCGGGCAACCAGGGCCACCUGCGCUUGUCUAACUGGCUUUCUUGGGCCCGAUUGCAGCCCAGCACGAAAAUAGGAUGAGAGAGUGAGAGCUCCUUGCAGUCGACUUGUGCAGGAGUUGCCAUGAAGAUCCUGUAGAGCUGACAGUGCCUAGCACUAAGGAUGUGCAAGUCGGCUCUGAAGGGACUCUGGCAAGCAUGGCUCUGGCAGGCCUUGCCCUUGCUAAAAACAGUUUGCAUUCCUGAAGCUAGCCCCUAAAUUUUAUUUGGCCUUAUUUGGCUACUUCCUAUUUUUGAGGCUGAAUACCAAGGCCCCAGCUAUCAAAGUACUGAAGUCCAGCAAUCAAAAGCCCCCUUUGGCUCACCUAAUUAACAUGCCAAGUUAAAAUGAAACACCUCAACCUAACAUGGGGUUUCCCAUUUAUACCUUUAUUUUUAUUUUUGGAGGGUUUCUUUGUAUAAUCUUGACUGCUCUGGAAGUCACUGUAAACCAGGCUGGCCUCAAACUCAGCAAUCCACUUACCUCUCCGGGGAUUAAAAACAUGCACCACCACUGCCUGGCCCAUUUUACCUUUAUAAACCACCAUUUUCCUAUGUAUCCCAUCUGUUGUCUCUAUCCAGAGACAGCCCUUGUUCUCUGGGACAAACCUUUGCUCCCUUUCCCUGGCUUCUUUCCCCUUCUCUCUCAUCUUCUCUCUCCUAUGUUUGUCUCUUAUUCUCUGCCCUCUGAGGCAAAUAAAUCUUUGUGCUGAGAACUCAGUCUUGGGGGUCCUAAGCUAAUACUCUUCCUUUCAGGCUCUAUUAAAUUCUAACACAAAAGAGAGCAGUUUCUUGAGGAGGAAGCUUUAGGGAAAUAUUUCAGGAAGAGCUUGCAGGUUGGCAGAGGUGUCAUCUACUCCUUCCUGUGACUCAGGAAAAGUCAAAACAAUAGCAGCCUCUGCCUGCAAGAGGCCAGCAGGAGAUAGUGGGUGGUAUGGAUAAGAUCCCUGUAACUGUUCUUGAGCUGUCUGUGGAGUGAGGUCAUUAAUGAGAGCAUGGACAUUUUUGAGCCUAGCCAUCCUUAACUGGCUUUGAUGCACAGGGGACAUGCUUCGGGCAUUCCAUGCAGCCUUGCGGAACUCUCCAAUCAACACCAAGAAUCAAGCUGUGAAGGAACGAGCCCAGGGUAUAGUCCUGAAAGUACUCACAAACUUCAAGAGCAGCGAGAUUGAGCAGGCUGUGCAGUCACUGGACAGGAAUGGCAUUGACUUGCUAAUGAAGUACAUUUAUAAAGGGUUUGAGAAGCCCACAGAAAAUAGCAGUGCAGUGUUACUCCAGUGGCAUGAAAAGGCUUUAGCUGUUGGAGGACUAGGCUCCAUUAUAAGAGUUCUUACAGCAAGAAAGACUGUUUAAAAAAAAAAAAAGAAUCCUGUUACCUUGAGAAGAAUUUUGGAUGCCCAGGCUAGUGAAGAAGGGACUGACAAUGGACCAUCUUCCUAGAACUCCCAACUAAAUACUUCAGGACACAUCUGCUGGAAUGUAUUUUACUUUUGAGGUGGAGGGAGAAAUUGUCUUAUUGAUUCCUAAAUUCUUUGCAGGACCAGAGUGUCUGCCUUUGUCUACAGAGUAACACAGAACCAACACUUGACUAUCUGGCUGACUGGCCAGAUUAUGUGAGGUGUACCUGUGAGCACUGUCUGUUUGGAAUGGGGAGGGACUAUUUGGGCAGGUGCAGACCCAAGGGCUGUGGUGAAAAGGAGAGCUUGGGUUCUGAAGUGGAAAAAACCUGAUGAGAGUUUGUACAGACAUCCUGUCUUCUCAGAGAAGGCAGGCUCUCUUGGGUUCAUUGUAAAGUGCCUGCUGCAUCAAUAAAGCUCUUGGCUUAUUAGUCUAUUCAUUGAAGUGUGUUCUCUGUAUGUUAAAUGGUAAAGAAAGGGAUAGCAAUGAAUGAUGACAGUUUGGUUUGGAAAGCUGAUGUCCCUGUCCUGCCAUCCUUGGGGACGGGGAAAGCGAGCAUGGUGAUACCACAGCUAUGCCAUACUUUAACUGCAGUGGUGCUGGAUGCUACCGAGAGACAUUUUGCUGAGUGUUUAUUUUUCUUACUCUUUUGAUUUGUAUGUAAUUUUGGAGCUUAUUUAAUAAAGUGCCAAACCUUUAAUGA